UCUUCUUUCUUCUUUACUUUUAGCAUGAAGUUCCAAUUAGUCAUAUUAUCCGCCCUUUUGGUAAGCGCCUUCGCUUUACCCGUACCCGAUGAGGAAGUGUCACCGGUUGUACAACCCGUGGCCGAAGUCAAACCUGAAGUCGUACAAAAAGUUGAAGACAAAGUAGCCGAAGUUGCCAAACCCGAAUCGAGAAAGGUUGAAGAAGAAAGCAAACCCGAAGCCGCCAAACCAGCCGAAGAAAGCAAAAUUGCUUUGCCAGCCAGCAUACCAGAUUCUGAAUUGCCCCAAGCUGUGCCCGAAGCCAAGAAGGACGACAUUAAGGAAGAAAAGAAGGAGGAAGAAAAGAAACCCGAAUUGCCAGCUGAGAAACAAACACGCAGCGAAGAUGUUGUCGAAGAAGCUAAAGCCUUGCCCUUGGCCGUGCAACCCAUUGCUGCCGGUUUGAACGAAGAACCCAAACAAGUUGUUGAUGAGGUAAAACCUGCCGUACAAGAAAUCCAACCCGAAGGUAAAUCCGCCCCAGCUGAACAAAAGAAAGAGGAAUUGUCCGUUGAAGCUAAACCCGAAAUUAAGGCUGAAGAAUUGAAAACUGAAUUGCCCGCUGAGGAAAAGAAAGAAGAAUUGCCUGCCCGCCAAGAACGCACCACUGUCGAAAAGGAAGAAGAGAAACCCGCUGCUGCUCCAGCUGAAAAUGUUGAGGCUCCCGAAGUCAAGACCUUGAACGCCGAAGAACCUAAAGCCGCUGAAGAAGCCAAGCCCGAAGCUGCCAGCGAAGCUCAAGCCGCCGAAGCUACCGAAAAGAUCGAAGAACCCUUGGCUUUGGCCUCUGAAGAGAAACCCAAAGAAUUGAAAGAAGAACAAAAACCUGCUGAAGCCAAGAAAAUCGAUGAAGCCGAAGCUGAACCCAUUAAGCCCGUAGAUACCCCAGCUGCUGAAACCAAGGCCGCCCAGCCCGAAGAAGAAAAGAAAGCCGAAGAAAAGAAACCCGAAGACAACUCAGCUACUGAAGAGGAAAAGUCCAACGAAAGCAAAAAAGCCGAUGAAUCCAAGGAAUCUGAAGAAUCAAAAGAAUCCGAAGAAUCUAAAGAAGAAAACAAAUCUAAUUAGAAUUGAUAAUUUAACAUUAACAAACGCUUAAGGUUCACUUAACCUUCCACUCCAAAUUACUAACACACACAACUCACCCUAAAAACUCCCACAAAUCCCCCUUAAAAAUCAUCCCAAUUAUAUUUCCUUUCUACUCGCUCUCUCGCUCUUUCACUUUCAUUGCAGGGGGAGAGAGAGAGCAAAAGGAAAUGCUCAAAACUCUUAAGUUAAAAAUACUAGUUAGUUAUUUUAGUUGUAAAAUUUAAACAAAACAAAAAGCUUAAUAAACAAGGAUGAUAUAAUAAGAGAAGAAUAAGAAAAAGUAUAAGAGAGAACUUUUGACAAGAGAAGAUAAGAACAUAACGGACAUAAAAAGGGACCGCCAGGAAAAAAAAACAUCAUAAGAUUAGUAAAUACAAAUACCGUAAAAAAACAACAAGUAGAGAAUAGUAAUUACCACAAAAGGAAAAAAAAGGAUCAAAAGCACACAACAGCACUUAGAGAAUAGUACAGUGAUAAUAAAUAGAAAAAAAACAACAGAAACCACAAGAUACACACUCUUUACACUAACACUAGUACAGUACAUUACCAACAUACACCGUUAUAAUAGAGACACCGUAGCAAAAAAAAAAAAGAGAAAAAAUACACUGAACAAAAUAAACAAACAAAAGCAAGGACAAACCCAUAUGAUGGCAUAAUUUUUAAAUAUUUUACAAGCAAUAUACUUAUAAAUAAAAACAAAAAAAAAUUAUUAUAAUUUUUUUAUAUUUAAUUAUUAAUUAUUAUUAAAUAUAAUUUUAAUUUUGUCCCCUCGCUCCCCUGAACUUUCUUAUUUGUAACCCCCCACUGUAUUAUUUGUAAUUUUAAUGGUAAAAAAGAAAAAAAUAAUUAUUAUUUUGUAUUGUAUUCGUGCACUAUAAUUAAUUUUAAUACUUUAUAUUUUUAUUAUUUACUAUUAAUAAUUAAUUAUAUAAUUUUUAUUUUUUUUUGUGUAAAACUCUAACUCUCUGCUGGCAUAUGCAAUUGAAUUAUUAUUUGUAACAGAACAACAAAAAACUCUUUUAUAAUUCGUUUAAUUUAAUUUUUUGUCAAAUUUUAUUACGACUUCUCAAUGUAUAAACUUUUCGAAUUCACACAAAUGGUCAAUAUAUUUUUACAUUUAUAAACGACAUAUUUUAAUUGUCGUGUCAUUAUUAAGGCGUUUGGCAUCCGGUCCAUGCGCCCAAUCCAUUUGUUGUUCAUUAAAAGUUUGUACAUUUUGAGGAUUCAACGAAUUAGUAAAGUAAAUUAACAUUUUUUGUAUGAUGAUUUUUUUUUACAUAGACUGAAGAUGAAUAAAAAUUUUAAAAUAAAAUAUAA